GACACACUAACCGGAAGUAUUUUUACCACUUCCUGUUGCAAGCAUAACAAAUCGAAAUCGCGCUUUCUUAACAGCCUAAAUGAGUUUCUUAAUAUUACGUUACGUUUAUUUACAUAUAGUGGUUUAAUUAUACGGAGGUGGUAAACGCUGGUUUAAAAUUAAUUCGUUUUCCAAUGUUAAACGAUCAAGCUAACACCGUUAGCUAAUGGCAGCUACUGUUUCAUUUGUCGCCGCUCCUGUUUCAAGUCAGAAGCAGCGUAAAGCUGCUCAGAGAAAAGAAAGAAGAAAACGGAAACGCCAAGCUCUUGCUCAGGCCAGGGAAUGUGAUCUGAAAAAUGAAACCGAAGAAGAAGGAAAUGAUGGAAAUUGUGAGGAUGAUGCUGCUGAGACAGAAAGAUUGCGGCAACACGAGGAGUGGUUGGAGAGAGAGCGGCUGGCCCAGGAGGAAUUCAGGCUGAGGACAGAGAGGGAGGAUGCUGCAAAGAAAAAGAAAGAGGAAGAGGAGCGAAUGAUAAAAGAAGAGUGGGAGUCCCAGCAGAAGAGAGAGCAAGAGGAAAGGGAGCACAGGCUGCAGGAGAAGCGGAACAGAGAGGAGGCCAUUCAGAAAAUGUUGAACGAAGCUGAAAAUCAGCUAGAGAACAGAGGACCACGGAUGAAUACCGAAGCCCCAGCUGCUGUCAGCUCAGAGAACUUUGGAACGGAGCGUGAUGUUGCCAACUGUCCUUUCUUCCUUAAGACUGGAGCAUGUCGAUUUGGGGACAGAUGUUCUCGGAAGCACACGUAUCCCACAGACAGCCCCACUCUGCUCAUUCGGGGUAUGUUUACCACGUUUGGAAUGGAGGAGUCGCGGCGGGAUGAUUAUGACAUCGAUGCCUGUUUGGAGCACAGCGAAGAGGAGCUGCACGAUUCGUUUCUUGAAUUCUAUCACGAUGUUCUGCCUGAGUUCAAGAGCGUUGGCAGCGUGGUGCAGUUUAAGGUUUGUUGCAAUCAUGAGCCACACCUGAGAGGAAAUGUUUACGUUCAGUUUGCCACAGAGGAGCAGAGCAAAGAGGCCUUCGUCAAGUUCAAUGGAAGGUGGUAUGCUGGCCGGCAGCUUCAGUGUGAGGUGUGCCCCGUUACACGGUGGAAAAGUGCCAUAUGUGGACUGUUUGACAGAAAAAAGUGCCCAAAAGGAAAACACUGCAACUUUCUGCACGUGUUCAGAAAUCCUGGCAAUGAAUUCUGGGAGGCCGACAGGGAUCUUCAGAUGUCUCCUGACCGCAGUAUCAGAGGGAGUCGCAGAAGCGAGCGUCAUUCAGAGCGAUACAGCGAGCGAUCGUGGAGGCAGCGGCGCUAUAGCAGAAGCCCGGUGAGAUCUGAGAGAUCACACAGCAGACGAGAGGAUGACAGGCAGAGAAGCAGGAGCAGAGACAGAAGGGCAUCGAGACCCCGUCACAGGGACAGGAGGACCAGUAGGCAUCGAAGCAGAAGCAGGUCGAGGAGCAGAAGCAGAGACGGAGAGAAAAACAGGCUAAGAAAUGAAAGUAGAGGUAAAGACAGGGAGCAGAAACGACAAAGUAGAAGUGAAGAGAUAUCUGAAGAUGAGGACUCUGAAAGAGAGAAGUUGAGAAGCGUGAGCAGAGAAAAAAGAAAGAAACGAAGUAAAAAAAAGAGCCUUAAGGAACCAGAUAAAAGUAAGAAAACUCCUGAUGGUACCAAUUCACACCACCGUCACAAACACUCCAAAAAAAGCAAGAAAAGUAAGAAGAAACACAAGAAGAAAAAGCAAAUGUCAGAUGUGACGACCUCAUCUGAAGACUCGGAAAACGGGAAGUCAGAGGAAGAGCCGGGGGAUAAUCCUUCACCAUAGUCCCAGUGGAGACAGAAGAACAGAGAAAAGCGUUGAAGGUUCAAGUACAGAGGUGAAAGUGAACAAGCUGAUUCUGAGAUCAAGCUGACAGGAAAUGAGGUCGUCGUUUCCUGCUAAUUCUUCAGGAACUUGUAUAUUUAUUCCCUCACACCACCGUGUUACUAAAGACUUGUUAGCAUGGUCACCUCCUAUGUUUAAAUAAGUUUUAAAUGUUGCAUUGUGACCCGCUACAUUCCUUUAUAAAUAAAAUGCUUCCAAAUCGA